AUGAGGUCAAAAUUUAAGGAUGAACAUCCCUUUGAAAAACGUAAGGCUGAAGCGGAAAGGAUUCGACAAAAAUAUCCUGACAGAAUUCCAGUUAUCUGUGAAAAAGUUGAAAAGUCCGACAUUGCCACAAUCGAUAAAAAGAAGUACCUCGUACCAGCUGAUCUUACCGUAGGCCAAUUUGUAUAUGUUAUUCGUAAACGUAUUAAAUUGAGCCCCGAGAAAGCGAUCUUUAUUUUUGUGGACGAAGUUCUUCCUCCUACAGCUGCUCUUAUGUCAAGUAUUUAUGAAGAGCAUAAGGACGAAGACGGGUUCCUAUACAUAACAUACUCUGGUGAAAAUACUUUUGGAGAUGCAUAA